AGCUGAUUCUCUCUCCUCGGGCAUGCUCCUGUGAGGGCAAGUUCCUUAUAGAGCUGCAGAAUGCCUUGUAGCUCCAUGUCUCUAGGCAGGUUAUCUUUUACGGUUCUCAUUGCCGUGCCUCGGAUGUGUGUGAUCAUACUUAUGCACGCCCAGAACUAUGCAGCACUGAUCCAGCAACAAAUUAAUGAGGACAAACAAAACUUGAGAGAAAAGGCUGUAUAUGGAAUCCAGCUGACAGAAGAAAAACUUAAUGACUUCCGUGAUGAACAGAUUGGGCAGCUGAAGGAACUGAUGGACGAGGCUACCAAACCUAAUAAAAACACCAUUUCUAAAGACUCAGAACACAAAACUUAAAAGAUUGAAAAAAUUAUUUUAAUGCAUAUGGAAGUGUUUUGAAACUGCUUUUUCCAGUUGUACAUGAAUGUGGUUUCUGUAAGAUAAUGGACACUGCUGAUGCUAUAACUUGUCAGAAAAGGAUGUGUUUGGCUUUCUGUGCAAGAAUAAAUGGAAAAAUGGAAUAAUC